CUUGCUUUUCUUCCAAGGAAGAUGUCAUGACUAGAUCCAGCUAUUUCUAUGGGCAGAUGAUUCGCGUCCACAUUCCAGAUCUCGAACUACAGUCAUGUCGACCUACGGGCAGCAUCACUUCUGCUUGCUCUGGAUUCAUGAUGACAGUUUCUCUGAAGAGACUGUGGUAUUCAAUUCGGAUCGCGUGGCUCUGAAUGAGGGAUCGCUCUGUAAGCUUGCGGCCCUCAAGAACACAGUGUCGACUCAUGAUUUCACGAUCAGCACACCAGCCCUAUCCGCCACAAGACCAGAAAACACACCAGGAAAGACAGCUCUCCGAAAUGGUGGCCGAAAAUCCGUCAAACAUGCCUCAGAUAUGGAGAAGCAUGCAGACUCCUCUAGAUCCUUAAUCUUCGUGGCUCGCGACAUGACUCCCGAGCAGAAGCGGAAACAGCCUAGGCUUCAGGUCUCUGUGCAUACUAAUGCAGCGGCGGCUUUCGGCUUUCGUAACAAUAUGCAGGCCAUAGUCCUUCCGGCACUUGAGGAUGUACAUUCUGCGUCUCACGUAGAGAUAGUCUUCCGCGACCAAUAUCUCGCGCGCUCGGAUAUGUGGAGAUUGACAGUAGCAGUUCUGAGUGAGAAAGCUGUUUUCAAAGGACAGAAACUGCUUUUCCUGGGCAGUAUCAAGGCUACCGUGAAGAACAUCUUCGUCGACGGACAGAAGGUCACUUCGGCCUUUUUCUCGUCCUCCACUAAACCCAUCUUUCGCAGUGAGUCUGCAAAGUAUGUUGUGUUUAUUCAGAUGUCUCGCGAGAUGUGGGAUUUCGAUGCGGAAGGAUCAGGCGAGAUCAUGUUCAACAAGGUCAUCAAUGGUUUCCUACCUGAUCUGUUCAAACGCUGGCAGAGACUGAACGUGCAUCAUCUUGUCAGCAUCAUCAUGUUCACUCGACUGGAGUACGAACAUGGUGUAUUGGUUCGUCGGGACGAGAAUUCAGAUGCCCAACACAGUAACGGACGAUCGCCCGGCAACGGUCGCGAAUAUCGAGACUACUAUCGAGUAGUCACAACUGAUGCGUCGAGUAGUCGAUGGGUCGACAUUCUUUACAAGCUCAAGAAGGAGUUCAAGGUCUUUUUGAAGGACGUGUCUGUUGUGGGUGGUAAUGAUGCUUACGGUCCACCUCCGGAGACUCUAGCAUCCGUGAAAGCCCGUACCGAGACUGAGUCUGUGAUUGCUGGUCAACCUACUACAUCGGCACGAGGCAACAUCCUGGAAGCUAUCAAUCUUGCUGCAUCACAGUUCUCUAAGGACUAUAUCGAUCGCGACCUCGUACACACCGGUAUAUCAUUAUGUAUUGUCACGGCAGGCACGGGCAUUUUUGAAGUCGACUACAACAUACUCAAGCUGACAACGGACGCACUCGUGGCAAGCGGCAUGGGUGUUGAUCUUGUCUCCCUGGCUAGGAUGCCGCUCCACUCUGUGCCUCUGUUCAGAUAUCGAAGCCCUCACAUACUCCCCGGUCUACCCGUUGUGUCCGACAUCUAUACCUUCGAGGGAGGCAGUACGCCUCGUCAAGCAGGCUACUUGGAAAGUUUCAUGGUCGGUACUCCCAGAGGUACCGGAAGGUUCAUGCGAAGAGCCAGCAGCCAUAACAGAGAACAAGUGCCGGGCACCUUGAUGGAAUCCGGAGUGCAGUGGAGCUAUGCCUUGCCACACUGGAUUGACGUCUCUUUCUGGACUGGUCAUUCCGACGAAGAGCACCUCCGAACUCAAUAUGGUCUGAACUACAAGAAAAAGAAGGGCUCAAAACGAAACGAUCCCUUUACUACAAGUUGUCGGAUGUACGAGUUACAGAUGAUGGGUCUCAUGGAGACUGAGAUGAGCGAUAUAGCUAUACCUUUGAUGCUACCCGAGUAUACAAAUACCGAAAAGCCUCGCCAAGCAAGACAUCAUCUCGAACCUGCACCAAGCGAGGAGCUCUCGGGCAGCUAUGGUUCAACCAGAUCAUUCCAUGGAUAUAUUGCCAGCUCACCACAGCAGCAGGAUGACGACUCGCACCCCAAAAUGGAUAUGCCAACCCGCAAAGAGCUCAUUGACUGGAUGGCUGCUUACGAUAAGCAAGUACCUUUCAAAACGCAGGACUCUCCUCCGGUGAAGACGAUACUUGACCAGACCCCUAUCGAGUCAUCCAGAGGUAGCUUGGAAACAACUGUGAGAUUCAGCUCGUCACCUACAAAAUCAAGAAAUAGCUUGGCAUCACAACAAUUUAGACCUGGUGAAAGUCCACGAGGUACGGGCUAUCUUGGAAACAGAUCACCUCCAAAACGUGCAAUUUUACCCGUCAAGACGGACCAGCCAAAACAAUCGUCGAUGCGCAGCACCCAGACAGUCCCUAAAAGAGCUCCUAUGCCACGCCAGAUCAGUUUGGUAGGAGGACUGGGGACAGCGAAGUCAACCGCGAGUAUUAGCGUCAGCAAUGAGAGCGCUGGAACCAGUACUCCGACAUUGGAGUCGCCUCCACCACCGACUGCUUCCAAAAGUGGUGGGCUAUUCUCUAGUCUGACACAGCAGCUCCUCAAUACGUUGCAACGCAAACCAUCGCAAGCAAGUCUACGGACCAAUGCUAGUGGUCUUAGUGAUCGAGCGGACUCAGACCGGGCAAGCAUGGUCCCGCGUAGCACUCCAAUUGCUAUCCGGUCGAAUUCGGUUGUGUCAGAGCAUGAUGAAGAAGAUGAAGAGUCUCCAAAGGCAGACACGUAUCGCGGUCCUGUCACGAAGAUACCGGAGGACAUUGUGAUUCGUGAUGCAUCGGUAGUAGGACGACAAGCCGCCACUAUAUCAGACUCCGCACCCGACUCCUCCGCGGAUAGAGCAGACUACAACAGAGUACUGUCACCCUUGACGGCCAUCUCGCCGUGGCUCACGAUGCUAAAUCCAUCAAACCCGAAGAAGCAUAACAUGAGCAUAGCAAGCCAGUUCCGUCGCUGGCAGCAUAUAUUUCCAAAGCCAGUGCCCACUUCAGUGAUGAAGUGGAAGUCCUUGUGCUCACCAGCGUCUCUGCCGUUGACUGCUGAGUACUUCCCGACGGCAGAACAACUUCGCAAUGAGUAUUCGGAAUCACCUUACCGGAUAUUACCUCUGGAUGAUGAUGAGUCUUCUGAAGCGCCGAAAACUAGGGAGGCACUGAUUCGGGAGCUCAUUGCUUGCAGACUAUCACAUGGCUUCCAGAUAGUUGUUGGUCCAGCAGCCACAGAGUUCGCAGGCGCAAGAGCAGCCUCUUUGGUCAAAGUCUUUGACAAGAACUACAUGGCAGAGGACGGCGCAACAGUAUUGAUGACUGUGGGAAAUAACAUUCACCUGCUUGUCUGUACUGAGAACGGCGAAAUCGAGGUACGCAGGUACAAUAGGAAGCCCGUGGCGGAAGUUGAGUAUACUGGUGCUGUGGAUCCCACCGUGGCAUAUCAUCCCUACAUUCGAACAUACCUUGCCAAGGGAUAUGAGAUGCGACCUGUUGUAUUCAAGAACCCACGACCAACAUACAACUGGAACGCUAUAGAUCAUCAUCUUGCUGGUUACAAGCAAGAACACACCUCACAAGACAUGCGUUUCUGGAGAGCUCGAUUUGUUCUUAUUCCGGUCGCUCACAAAAUCAGAAGCGGUCAAUUGGGAUUUGUUUCCGAAAACUCAGAAGAAGAAAUCCGCCUGGAAGGUAUUCAGAAGCUCACACAAAUUUGGCAGAGACAUCGCUACAUCCCUCCGGAAGAACGCCGCUUCCAGCAGUCAUUGCAACAAAGACGCAAGGAUCCCAACCCUUUGGCGAUUGAAUAUCAUACUCAUGAUCCUUCAAUGAUCGUGCGAAACCAUGCGACGGGUCUAGCAGAAGCCUUGUCUCAAGACGAGCCGGGCCAUGACCUCUUUGCAGAGUCUGAGCAAUAUCACACCAACGAUUUCGACAUGCAAAAACUUGCCCAACAUCUGCAAGCGAGUCCGCCAAAAGGCAUACCAGUAGCAGAUCGUAGGUGGCAUUUCAAGACGCAUUGGAAGUGCUUCCGGGGUGAUCAUCUUACUAGCUUUCUCCUCGUCAACUUCAAGGACAUUGAAACGAGAGAAGAUGCGGUCAAGCUUGGAAAUGCUCUCAUGAAAAAAGGAUUGUUUACACACGCAGUACAGAAGCAUCAAUUCCGAGAUGGCAACUACUUCUAUCAGAUCGCUUCCGACUAUCGUACCACGCCCUAUCCCGAAAAUAGGUCCGGAUGGUUCGGCAUGGCAGGCCGAUCAAUGCCUACUACACCCAUGCAAGAAGGUUCAAAAGCGUCUCCAAAGUUCUUGCCCGUAGACAAGAUAAGAUCACCUAAGGUUGGACCUGUAGACAAAGCGCGUUCACCCUUGAUCGGACCUUCGGACAAUAACCGUCCCCGAUCUGGUACAGACGAGACGAAAGAUUCAGGAAGGAGCACACCCAGACCAGAUUCAAACAAGAGGCCAAGACUGGAGCUCAGUCGAAGCUUGCGGUAUGAUGUCGACCAUCGUAAGAAUUCUUAUCGUCCUGAGAUUAUCACAUUGCAUUACGACCGCAUCCAUAAUCCGGACAACUGCUAUCACAUCCGUCUAGAAUGGAUCAACGUUACAGCGAAGCUCAUCGAGGAUGCACUAGUAUCUUGGGCAACUAGCGUUGAGCGAUAUGGUCUGAAGCUGGUCGAGUUGCCUAUCGCAGAGGGACAUGCCACUCUCACUCAACACCCCUUCAGAAGGCCUUACUUGAUCAGACUCGCCCUGCAGCCUCCCCGAGGGACGCCUAAGCAGUACCUCGAAGCAGGAACAACGGCGUACGAGGAGACAUAUCCCUUCCAAAGAGCACUGGUGAGGAAGUUCGAUUUCGUGCUAGACUACGAGGCAGCUAGCACGUUUGAUCAAGGUGUCGAUGUGAGCUACUCUUGGGGAAAGCCAGAUUAUCAGUACACGCAAUUCAUCCACAAGUCGGGCGGCUUGCUCAUCCAGAUUGACGGUGAUGGCAAUCUGAUGCUGGCCGCAAACAGGCUCUGUGUUAAUCGCUCAGCGACUGCUCGCGAAGCUUCAAAGUAUGAAGUGUCUAGACGAGAGAAACGGAACUUCUCAACACCGGCGCCACCGGCGCAUGCUUCUCCCUUCCUGGGUGCACUCAAGUCAUCUGAACCACAGAGCGUACUCUCCAGGAACUCCUUCACUGAAGCUUCCGUCGAGCCCGAAAAUGUGGCGCAACAACUCGAGGCAUUCUGCUUUGAUGCGGAAAAGCUGAGAAUAUUCUACGAAGAUGCGUUGAGGCCUACCGCAAGUCCUAGUCCACAUCUGACGCCCAGGCAAACACCCAGACAGACACCGGUACUGAGUGCGAUGAAUGCCAUACCUCACCUGGGUCUGCCGCCGAGUAUUAGCCUUAGGAACGCUAGUCUUGCGGAGAGCAACCCGAGGAUUGGGUUGUCACCGUCUAGGAGAUCGAGUAUACAAGGUUUUAAGUCGUACCUGUCAGAAUCGGGCAGUCAUCGUGACUUGAACUAAGCUUGGCGAUUGGUGGAUGGUCUUCUACACAGCAGAGCUGGAUAGUGUACAUUUGCAAGUUGGAGUCGGUAUCUAGGUAAUCUUACUCAUGCGCACAGAGGCGGGCGUCUCUGGUAUCGGCCAGAGAGACUAGAGGCUUGUUUGGGAUAGACAGACAUGUGAAGAUGAACGCAGACGAUACACACCAUGAUGCAACUCCUUCUAAUUUCAGGCGCUUUCACAUGUCAGAGUUACGAACACUCCAAUCUUGAGCCUCUCCCUGCCAUCCGGAGAUCCGGAUGUGGUGUCUCACGACUGCCGUGCUCGUCGGCUCCAAAGGUUCGGUUAGGCAAUACCGAGCCGGCUCGGCAUACACAGC